AUGGAGCGUCUGAAGUUAGUCCUGCAGUACUUCCAGUCCAACUCUGAGUCCAUCUCUAAUGGAAUAUGUAUCAUCCUGGCCUUGGUCAGCGUCAAGCUCUACACCAGCUUUGACUUUAACUGCCCGUGCCUUCCUCAGUACAACAAAAUGUACUCUCUGGGAGUGAUGAUCGUCCCACCAAUCAUACUGUUCUUCCUGGGGGUCCUGGUCAACAGACAUACGGGUGUCAUGAUGGAUGAGUGGAUGAGACCCAUGGGGAACCGAUCCAAAAAUCCUGCUGUGGUUAAGUACCUGUUCUCAGCCAUGAUCCAGAGGGCCCUGCUGGCACCGAUGGUGUGGAUCUUGGUCACUUUGCUGGAUGGAAAGAUCUUCAUCUGUGCCUUCAGUGUUAGUGUAGACCCUGCACUCUUCUCAGGUUUACCCAAUAAUACAGGUCUGGAUGUGAUCAAAAUCAUGGCCAAAGUGCCUUGUAAGGAGGACAUUAUCUUCAAGAACAGCUCUUUCCGCAAAGCAGUCUCCCGUUAUGUCCGCUGCUAUUCACAAGCAGUUGGCUGGUCCAUCCUUCUCUUCCUGAUUGUACUGGGAGCAAUGGGACGUCUCAUCAAGCCCUGUUUCGAUGACCACGCCACCUUCCUGCAGACGCGCUACUGGAGCAACUACCUCGAUGUGGAGCAGAAGCUCUUUGACGAAACCUGCGUCCUGCAUGCUCGUGACUUUGCCCGGAAAUGCGUGGUGCAGUUCUUUGAGGACAUGAGGGAGGAUGCCAUUCUCCAUCUUCCCCACCCGCUCUUCAUCGCGAACUCCAAAGAGGAGUGGGAGGAUGAAGAAGAAGAGAGACUUCAUGGGGUAUCAAAGCAGGAACAGGUGAACCAGCUGCUCAACAAGUGGUACUACAAUAAACCUGAACUGGACGUCACCAGGAUGGCCCACAGACCCAGGAUGUGUGUUACCUGGGAGGACCGUGAUGGGAAGACUUUAUACUCUGAUGUCUAG